AGUGGGGCAGUGUUGUAGUUUGUAGAGAGCAGCUGAAGUAGGCUGUUUGCUUCCUGCCUUGUUCUUGUUUAUAUAUUGCAAGAAAGAAAUCUCGCCAUGGCUAACAGAAACUAAACAGCUGCUCUGAACUGUUGAAAAACCGAGGAACUCUUCAGUUAUGCUUGGUCAGGCCAAAGAGUAAAGCACAUUCCUGGAGAAGUUGAGGGCUUCUGUAUUAGCCGUAUGACAGCCGACUAACGCCGCCGAGCCUAAAGAAAUGGCCUGCAGCCCAAUCUGUAUUUACUGGAACGGCUGUGGACAAGGAUGUGCGUUGCAAUGGUGAUCAUUUACAAGAAAACUGUGGAAAAAAAGGGAGGCGACGAUGUAGCAUCAACACGUAAAGACUUGGGCACGGCACAGAUCAUGAGCCAGGGACCGGCACUUUUUUCCUGCGGACUCAUGGAGGCGAGUCGAUGGCGUGAGGUGGGGACCAGCUGUGCCUUUCAGCAGCAGCCUGUUGGGACCAGCCUGGAGAGCCUUUGGGACGUCCUGCCUGAGGUGCACAGAACUUCUAACCACUGGGGCUGGGAUGUCGGCUCCACUUCAAGCACCAUCUCCAACCUGCUGCAGGACCUCAGUCUGACUGAGACCUCACACUCCACAGCUCCCCCCAGCAAACGGCAGUGCCGCUCCUUGUCUUGCUCCGACGAGCUUGGGAGCUGCCGCUCCUCCAUCUGGCGCCCUCAAAGCUCCCGUGUGUGGACGUCUGUAGAAAAGAGGAGAUGCCACAGCGGCGGCAGCGUUCAGCGAAGCGGCGUCGGAAAUUCCCAGCUCAGUUUUCCGGGUAUGCAGCGCAGCUUCAGCUUCAGCCUCCCAGCCCGUUCACCCACCAAGGAAUCGCCCUGCUUCUCCCAGCUUUCACCCAGGCCUUCCGCCUUCUCUGGCUUAACCCCCUCCUCUGCGCCGUCCGCCCAGCCCCUCUACCUCUCUCAUGAACAGAUCUGCCUCCCCGAGGCUCAAGAAUCUUCACCAGCAAGUUCCCCUGACUCCACUCCCGAACUCAAGCGGCGAGGCGGGGAGGGUGGCCUCGCUCGAAGUCGCUCCCAGCCGUGUGUCUUAAACGAGAACAAGAUUGGUGUGAAACGCAGGAGGCCGGCAGACAGUCACAAACAGAGACCUUCUCUGGAUCUGGCAAAGAUGACUCAGACGCUUCAGAAUUUCCACAGCCUUAGCUGCCCUGGUAUCACAAGCGACGACCCACUGAAGCCAGGCCCGGCGGCCCCCUCUUUCAGGUCCAACGGUGAUGACUUAUCUGAAAACGAGGAUGGCUUGGAGUCGUCCGAUCCUGCCUGGAACUCUGAUGACCACGGCGACGGCACAACGGUGGGAACGACCGGCGGAAAGGAUGGCGAGACCCUCUGGGUGGGGCUGUGCAGCAUGACGAGGGACAUGUAUCAACUCGGAGGGGAACUCGACAUCGAGCAGAUUGAGAGGAACUGAACUGAGCUGCUUUUUCCUCCUUUGGGGGGGAAGCUAAUUACUGGACUGGAAGUUUAUCACCAGGUGGUACAAUAAACAGUGCUGAUAGUCUUAUGGACAAAGCUAGGGGAAGCUCAUGCAGAGAGCAUUCCAGCGCUUUAAAAAAAAAAAUUCUUAAAGGAAGACUGAGCAGGAAUUUUGUGCUUUAAAUGUCUAUGUUUGGGGACUUUGUGUGUUUAGAGGCGACUCCCCACGUGUUGUCUCAGGAGAAAACGAAAAGCAGUAAAGAGGGAUCUGAGUGGAAAUGAUAAAAUGCAUAGAUACCAUGACAUCACUCUAAUCUUGAAUAGCCUACUUGUGCUUUGUCUGGAGAAUUCACAGCAGGUUUGUAUAAAUUCUCUGCACUAGAAAGAGUGUCUUUAUUUUUUCCUCUGACGUUCCUCACUAGCACAUAGGUACAUGAUGGAAACGAAUGAACACCACUUAACUAGCUACUGCUGAUGCGCCAUUCACUCUUUAUUAAGCAGUAAGUAGCAGAAAACACCUUCAAAGUAAAGAUGAGCUUUAUGUUUUACUGAGUAACUUCAGGCUCAGCUCUAAAAUCUGAGCUCCUGAAUGUCUGAGAGAUGCUUUGAGAUGCUAACUGUGUUCAUGUUCUUUCAUUAUUACAAUUUGUAACUACAAAGUUAUGUAAUACAUGAAACAUAAUUUCUAUAAAAAAAAAUAAACAGGUUUAAAAGUGGA